AUAUGCACAGUUACUAGCAGAGAACUAUGAAACAACAGUUAGUGACAGUUCAUUUAUAUCAAAAUUUCGAUGACAUUUGAACUGGUAAACAAUGUAAUCAAGAAGGGAGAAGGGGAGGGGGGAGAGAGAGAUUAUCCAAUCACGGAUUGUCAGAAACACAUGGCAAGCAAUUUACAAUUUGUUUUUUGUUGUUGAGGCGCACCAUGGCAGCUCGUCCAAGCUACAAUGAGGAGAGGAACCUCCUUCGCAUCCAAGAGCGGGAGCGGCGGAAUCAGGGAACCUUCCAGGAAAAGGAGUUCUACCAGGAGACCGUUCCCCUGUUCGGGGAACCCUAUAAGACGAACAAAGGAGAUGAGCUGUCCAGCCGGAUCCAGAGGAUGCUGGGUAGUUAUGAGGAUGUGAACAACCCCAACACUCACCAGUGUUUGGACAGCAGCUUCUCUAAGGAGCCUCAAUCUCAUGUCACCACAAAGUAUGGGCGGCCAUCUCGCAGCCGAGACCGAGCGAAGCCUCCAUUCCAGAACCCUCCUCAGUACGGGGCAAGCCAGAGCCAGAGUGGUGGUCCGCCCCGUGGUAGCCACUCUGGCCAGAACCACGGUCCUUCCUCCUCCUACACCCAGUCCUCCCUGAGUCUCAGCCAGGGCCAGGCCUGCCCAGACCCACACCAGAGAAAGACUGAGCUCUGGCCAGACCUGAGGGAGUGUGCCAGUCUUCCUCCAGUCCUCUCCGCCCUGUCCCCCCCAGCCGAUCCCCUAUCCCCCCUACAUUCCAGUGACCCCAGCGACUCUGAACACCAGGACUCCCCCCUGCACCCUGAGAGGCACCCGGCAUCUCCCCUACACCCCGACUCACACUUCCCCAUGGUGUCCCCCCUGGAUGACCCCCAGAGAGACAGCCCGCCUCCGGCCAUCGAUGGGGCAACCCUACCCUCUCAGACCUUCCCUCCACCACUGGCCUCCAAACCCAACCUGGUUAUGCCCCAGAAGCCAACAGCCUAUGUCCGGCCAAUGGACGGCCAAGACCAGGUGACCAGCGAGUCUCCGGACCUCAAGCCCUCUCCAGAAGACUUCCAUGGGCAGUCUUAUCAUGAACCCUUACCAGACUUGAAAAGCACCAAGCCCAGCCUUUCCAAACUGAAGAUACCAUCACAGUCUAUAGAGACGCUGUCACAUGAAGCUGACUGUGUGGAAGACAUUCUGAGGGAAAUGACCCACUCCUGGCCUCCUCUCCUGACUGCCAUCCAGACGCCCAGCACAGUUGAGCCCUCCAAGUUCUCCUUCCCAGUCAAGGAAGCACAGCAUGUCCCACCUGCGUCUCCAGAACAAAAACACUAUGGAUCACCUCCACUAGCCCCGCCCUCCAUCUGUCAACAGAACUCAUGUACGGUUACAGCAGCACAUUCCAGUGGGGUGGAGUCAGCCAGCUCCAGUGACUCUGAGAGCAGCUCAGGGUCAGAGUCAGGCAGUGAGAGCGGGGAGAGUGGGACAGAGGCCCCACCACAGCCCCUCAGGAGUAGUAGCCCACCUGUGACAAAGACGGAGGGCCCCGUGGUGACUAACUGGCAGUUGAACAACUGGAUCAGAGUGAGCCAGCAGAACCCCAGCACAGAGAUCCAGAGUGAUGCUCUACUGAGCCCUCUACCCAAACAGCAGCAGAGCCAUGAGGAGGAGGCCAUUCCUCCCAGGGACUACAAAUCCCACACACCCCCACGUCGCUCAGAGUUCAGUGACGGCGAAGCCAAACCUCAACGCAGUGAAGAAGCUGCCCGCAACCAGCAUGUCCAACUCAAGUCCCCGGCCGCCUCGCACGUUGGGAACAGCAGCAACAGCAGCAGCCAGAGAAAGACCGUGGGGAACAAACACCCCUCUAGACCAGCCAAGGCUCCGCGACCUAAAGACCCUCAGGCUGGGUUACAGGUGGAGAGUGUGGAGGUGGUCCCCCGUGACAAAGACACCUCGUUCACAGACAAGCCAAAGGUCAAAACGAAAACCGGCCACAGCAAUAGCAAGAUCAGCGGAGCCAAAAUAAACAGCAGGAAGCCUGCCAAGCGUGGCACCUCUGAGAAGAAGACCGAACAACCAGAGUCACAGGGUGGCCCCAAGGUCACUCUGGUGCUGGACUGUAAGCGGGAGAAGUCUCCUAGUCCCAGUCCUGCCCAGGAGGUAGACCAGCCAGCCCCAGCUGUGGUGAAGACCAUCGGUGUCAGGACGGAGACCCUCCCGGCCCCUCAGAAGGGCCAAAAGAAGCCCCGGCGCCACUCUCUAGACCCAGCACACAAGGCCAAGCGGGAGUCCUCAGCCAAAGCUUCCAGGGUCUGCCAAGGUCCUCCACGGGCCCUGUUGGUAAAGAUAGAAUUGAGCCUGCUGUCCAGGGUUCCCUCCCAGGGCUCCAGGCCUUCUUCAGGGGGACAGGAGCCAGCCAUCAGGAAGGGACCCAACACGGCCCCCGAGAGGGGGGACAGCAACCCCGCUGCCCCCAUCCCUCCCAAAGUCUGCAAGAAGAGACCGGCUGAGAAGGAUGUGAAAACCGUGCCAAGGAAGAAGCCAAAGCUGCAGAAAGAUCUUAAACCCUCCACUUCAGGUCCUGGUUCCCGCAAGUCUGAGACUGAGAGGAAGCGGUCUAAGGGGGCUCCUGUCCCUCUGCUGCAGCCCACCGCCACUCAGGACCCUGGGAAAGGGCAGGGGGGCCACAAACGGCAUGCGGUGGAUGCCCCAGAGCCUAGCACAGCAUCUGCAGCCCACCGCAGGGACAGGGAGGCCUCCACACCUGUCAAGCACAAGAAGAGCACUGGAAAACAACGCACAGAGCAUGCCAAGAAAGGCCUCAAGAGCAGCGUUGCCUUCUCCGUGCCUUCCCAGCCCACCGGGGCCGCCCUGUCCUCCAGACCCCUGCUCCAGUUCGAAGAGCGGCAGCAGCCAGUGGAGUAUCACAUGAAGGAAGCCAAAACACUCAAGCACAAGGCAGAUGCCACGCCGGAUAAGGUGGGCAAAGCUUUCAACUACCUAGAUGCUGCCAUGUCCUUCGUGGAGAGCGGCAUCGCUAUGGAAACCGAUCCCCAGACCCCGAAGUCGGCGUAUACGAUGUUCGCUGAAACCUUGGAUCUGAUAAAAUUUAUACUGAAACUAAAGGGCUCUGUGAACCCCUCGGCUCCUGCUACAGACAAGGACUUUACAGUUUUAUGCAUGAGGGGCCUGUCCCUUCUACAGAUGGCCAUGUUUCGCUACAAACGAGAAGCAGCACUUAAGUAUUCAAGGACCCUGACAGAUCAUUUCAAGAGUUCUAUAAAGUCUGCAACCCAGGCUCCUUCACCAUGUGUCUCAAAAAGCACAGGUACCCCAUCCCCCAUGUCUCCCAUGCCGUCUCCUGCCAGCACAGCCAGUUCUGGGCCGGGCUCCAACCACAGCAGCGGGGCGGGGGCAGGCACCGUCAGCACCGUGGCCAUUCCACAGGUCAUCCAGCAGGUGGCGUCUUCCUACGUCAACAUCACGGCACUCUUCCUGAGUGCUCACGACAUCUGGGAGCAGGCUGACGAGCUGGCCCACAAAGGCAGUGGUUUGCUGUCUGAGUUGGACUUGGCUCUGGGCCCGUUGAGCCUGACGUCCACCAUGAGCUCUUUGGUGCGUCACACACGGCAGGGACUGCAGUGGCUCCGACUGGACACCCGUGAGGCACAGUGACCGCUUCUCAGCCCUGCCCUGUCGACAAUGCCUAGCCCAGCCCUGCCCUGUCGACAAUGCCUAGCCCAGCCCUGCCCUGUCGACAAUGCCUAGCCCAGCCCUGGAUUGCCCAGCCCUGGCUUUCCCUGUCCGCGACAUCCUUUUUGGUUUUAUUUAUUGACGGGCCAUCAGAUGAAUGCAGGAGCCCAAGUCCCUCUACAAGUUGUUCACAUGGAUACCAAGUCACCUUUUUUCUCUCAACUACAUAUAUCUAUAUAAAUAUAUCUAUCUCACACACACACGGAUUACAUGCAUUUUGGGGUUUCUGUCCUCUGUUGGUCACAUUGAAGGGGUGUCUUCCCCCCCCUCUGGGGGUCAGUAGGGGUGUCUUCCCAUGGCCUGCCCCACCCCUCUGGGGGUCAGUAGGAGUGUCUUCCCAUGGCCUGCCCCACCCCUCUGGGGGUCAGUAGGAGUGUCUCCCCGUGGCCUGCCCCACCCCUCUGGGGGUCAGUAGGAGUGUCUCCCCGUGGCCUGCCCCACCCCUCUGGGGGUCAGUAGGAGUGUCUCCCCGUGGCCUGCCCCACCCCUCUGGGGGUCAGUAGGAGUGUCUCCCCGUGGCCUGCCCCACCCCUCUGGGGGUCAGUAGGAGUGUCUCCCCGUGGCCUGCCCCACCCCUCUGGGGGUCAGUAGGGGUGUCUCCCCAUGGCCUGCCCCACCCCUCUGGGGGUCAGUAGGGGUGUCUCUCCCCCUCUGGGGGUCAGUAGGGGUGUCUCCCACCCUCUGGGGGUCAGUAAGGGUGUCUCCCCCCUCUGGGGGUCAGUAGGGCUGUCUCCCCCCUCUGGGGGUCAGUAGGGCUGUCCCCCCCCUCUGGGGGUCAGUAGGGCUGUCUGCCCCCCCCUCUGGGGGUCAGUAGGGCUGUCUGCCCCCCCCUCUGGGGGUCAGUAGGGGCUGUCUCCCCCCUCUGGGGGUCAGUAGGGGUGUCUCCCCCCUCUGGGGGUCAGUAGGGGUGUCUCCCCCUCUGGGGGUCAGUAGGGGUGUCUCCCCCUCUGGGGGUCAGUAGGGGUGUCUCCCCCCCUCUGGGGGUCAGUAGGGGUGUCUUCCCGUGGCCUGCCCCACCCCUCUGGGGGUCAGUAGGGGUGUCUUCCCGUGGCCUGCCCCACCCCUCUGGGGGUCAGUAGGGGUGUCUCCCCGUGGCCUGCCCCACCCCUCUGGGGGUCAGUAGGGGUGUCUCCCCGUGGCCUGCCCCACCCC